GCGCAUGCGGCGUACGUCUGCACAGGCGCCGUGGCCCAGGGGAGCGGAGCGGGGUGACCCUGACUGUUGAAGCCCUGCAGCGAUGCUGAGCAGGUUUCUAGGCCCGCGCUACCGGGAACUGGUCAAGAAUUGGAUCCCCACGGCCACCAUGUGGGGCGGUGUGGGUGCUGUGGGGCUGGUGUGGGCCACGGACUGGCGGCUGAUCCUGGACUGGGUGCCUUACAUCAAUGGCAAGUUUAAGAAGGAUUAAGCAGCUCCCUCCUCUUGCCACAAGCCUCACUGGUGCCACACCCAGCCACCUCAGAAGCAGCCCUGCCUGCGGAGGAUGCCUAGGAAGCUACUCGCUCCUGGGGAGCUUCUGCGCUGAUGGACACUGGGGCUACCAUGACGGGUGUGUCAUUAAAACCUUCUUCUUGCCUCCAA